AUGGCCGAAGGGGACAGGGUCGGCAUAGGUGGACGGAUCACCACCAAGCAAAGCAUGGCGUGGUUCGCUGAAACCUGGAGCAUGGAGGAGGUCAGGCUCGCCUUCCUCAUCAAAGACGCCCAGAAGUACAUUGCCUGCUUCGAGACCCUAGCCCAGCUGGCCUUAGCCAUGACUGCCCGAGAACGCCACGCCUUCUCGCAAUUCUCAGUCUGCUUGCCUUCGCAGAGCGACAACACCCCCUCAGAAGCAGGAGUCAACAAGCUGACAAGCUAUUCAGCUAUUCACUACCAGGUGUCCCAUGUGGCAGGGGCACAUAAUCAGUGGGCGGACGACCUCAGCCGAGGACGUCUCCAAGCCUUCAGCCAUAGACCGCAGGAGCGGGUGCGGAUCACCCUGAACCGCCUUGCAUCAGCAGCCUCCCAGGCCACUUGGGCCGGAGACCCGGGGUCCUCUGACUCUAGCCCGCUCAUGCCUCGGCCCGGCUGA